AUGGCAAGCGAAGGUGACCAAUGUCAAAAGGAAGUUGCUGCCCAAGCUUAUGGAGGACCUUCACCUCACGACAAGAAAGAGUCUACUCAAGAUCUUCAAGUUGAUCCUAUUGAUGACGAAAUUGACUCCUCUUGUGAGAUCAAUUUAUGUCCACCUAAUGUUGAAGCCUAUAUGUUGAAUGGAAGUACAUCGUCUUUUGUAAUGGGUAUUGAUCAACUUAGAAAAUUUUUAUUUUAUUGCAUCACUUUUUUUCCCUCUACAAUAUUUGACAAGGCCACCCAAAAAUUAAGAAACCAUAUUUUAUCUCUCAAUGAUUUGCUCCAAAACCCUUUCUGUACUGCUCUUAAUCGAUUCCCUUUCUCUCCCAAACCCUUUCAUCGAAACCCUCUGAUCACCAAUACUCCUGUACGUGCUGCUCCGACAACCACGUCAGAAAACCAUUUUGAAGCUGCUCCGACCACCACUGCUCCUGUGGUGCUCCGACUAAUAUUUCGGAGCUGUUGUCGAAAAGUCGGACCAAACUCUACUCCUCCUCUGACUUCAAUUUCAGCUCUCAAAUUUGCACUUCAAUGUUUGAGCAAUUUUAGGAUUUUCUUCUUCAACUUGGUGAUUUUAAGAUUAGGAUUUUCAACUCUCAAAUCCAAUCAACACAGGGUUGUCAAAACACCUGGUGGAAAGUUAAUUUGCGAAACCAUCAUAAAGACAGCCAGUGGCCCUAAAUGUCCCGUUACUGGAAAGAGAAUCCACAGGAUUCCACACUUGAGACCUUCUGAAUACAAGAGAUUUAUAUCACCUAGAAACUGCAGAACUGUGAAUCGUGCUUAUAGAGGUGUGCUAUCUGGAAGUGGUGUAAGGAAGAGAUAUGCCUUUUUUGUCAGCAAAUUGCAUAUUGGCUUUUGAUAUAUUUAACUAGAGUUUAUCAACACAAGUACAUUAAUCCGUUCAUGAUUUACCUACGAAGAAUCAUCCGGACUUUCUUGGUGAUAGAGCACAUGUUGUAGUUUGGAUAUGAUAUUGUCUAGUUCAUGCAUGAUGAUGAACGUGCAAAACUUUAAUGGUGAUGUGUAUUGUACUGGUGUAAAAGCAUGUUGUGCUGGUAUGAGUGGUAUCAUUGUGUGAUGUAUUGUUUGUAGGAAGGAAAAAGAUUAUAGAUCAUUGUAUUACAAUAUUGCCUAAUACAGUAGGAGUUAUUUACACAAUUUGAAGCCUUGGGGAAUUUUUUGGUGAAAGUUGAGGUUUCUGCGGGAACAUCAUCUGUAUGAGCGGACAAUAAUAUAGAUGCCUAUGAUGCUGCAGCCAUUAAAGUUCGUCCCUGCAGCCUACCUGGGGCUCGAGUUGGUAACUUCGGAGGUCAAGUGAUACUUCCACUUUCAUACACUGUUGAGCAUAGAGAG